AUGGCAAGAUUUCAGGCAGCUGAGUACUCGCCAGAGGCAGACAUGAUUGCACUGGAGCCCGCAUCUCCAAGACCGUACGUCAACGUCAACGUCAACAAAGUCGACGACUUCGUCAGCUUCGAAGACUCCAUCGAACUCGGCGAAACCCAUCGAAUCUCCAUUGCUUCUGGCGUUGUAGACCUCGCUUAUCCGCUUCUGCAGCCACUGAUUCCGGACGGUCCGUACGGUCCGUUCGAUCAGCCGCCGAACGGCGCGAGCCACAUGCGAACCACCUUUUUCGUCAACUUUGAGAUGCCGACGCGACAUGUGAAAGAAUCGAGCACCGGCGUGGUCGGCCAAAUGUAUGUCGAGCACCUGCAGCCCGAGCAUAUCAUCCACUGCUUCCCCAUCGUCCUCAUCCAUGGCGACUGGCACACCGGCCAGAUCUGGAACACCAAGCCGGACGGUAAGCCAGGUUGGGCCUCGUUCUUCGUCCUCCAGGGCUAUCAGGUGUACAUCGUCGACCUUCCCCCCUGUGGUCGGUCUACCCUUUCAGACGGGAGCCGGAUGCAACGGGCGAUGCGACUCAACACGUUGGAUGUUGGCAUCGUCGAGAGGAACUUGACGGCACCGGCGAAGCAGAAUCAUGAGGCGUGGCCGACGGCCCACCUGCACAAUAAGUGGCCCGGAACGGGCCGGCCAGGAGACGUGUUCUUCGAAAACUACUGUGCCUCGCUCGUGCCUCUCCCGCUCAAGAAGGCAGAGCGACAGCAUGUCGCACAAGUAGCUCUUGCCAGCCUCCUGGACCGCACCGGGAAGACCAUCCUUGUCGGGGAAGGGACCGGGGCGACGAUGGCAUGGCUUGCCGCUGACAAGAGACCGGAUCUCGUCGCCGCCGUUGUCGCCGCCGAACCGGCGGGCCCGCCAGCCGGGACAAACUCCAGCCAGGGGCCCGACGGAGUUCGUCGAUUCAGCUCGCACAUCCGCUUCGAACCCGGCAUGCGAAAGUAUGGCCUUGCCGACAUUCCGCUGACGUUUGAUCCGUCGCCAAACUGCGCGCCUGAACUUUCACCCCAUACCUUUUACAAGGAUGAUGGCCAGCAGCAAACCUGCAUCCUGCAGCAUAGAUGCCGAGGGCUAAUCGCAAACGACCCGGCGUCAUUCCAUGGCGGACGGUGGUUGAAUGGUGGCGACCCGCGCAAGCUCGUGAACCUGCAGCAGAUGCGUCACGCCAUCGUCACGGCCCCGGCCAGCUCGCACUCGACGUACGACUGGGCGACGACCGAAUUCCUCAAGCAAGCCGGCGUGGACGCACUCAGCAUAAAAUUGGAGCAGUACGGCAUUUUCGGCAAUGGACACCUCAUGUUUCUCGAAACCAACAGCGACGAGGUGGCGAGUCUCAUCAGCAUCUGGAUCGGCUUCAACACUCUGGAGGACAAGAGCUCGUGA